CCGAGUGUGUUUCCGUUGUAGUCGUCCCUUUUUCGUAAUUUUGGGGAAAAAAUACUAUUGGCUAUUGAAAUAACAGGCAAAAAUAUCGUUGCUGUUAUUGGGUGUGUGAAAUAAUAACAAAUAUUAGCGUUUGCAUAUUCAAACAAAACAACUUUUAUUUCAAUUUCAAAAACCUUUAUCUUUACCAUAUCUUUACGGACUUCGUAUUAAUUCAAAUUACCCAAAACAGUUCAAGUGAACGUGCUAACGUAUCAUUAUAUUAAAAAGUUUAAUUAACGGUGAUUCGGAUAAGCUUAUAAUUAAAGUGGUCGUAAAUUGUUUAAAGUUGUUAUUAACUGACGUAAUCAGGCCGUGACUUCAUCGGUACAUGCCGUCGGCUUUUAACGAAAGUGGUUUCCUUGUGGGCUCGAAAUCAGAGCGGCGAUUAAGGGGAAACUUUCAAAAGUGAUUCGCAAUUUCCUAUGCGAGUGAGCGGGGAGUGGAUGAGUUAGCAAGUUCGGGUGUAGCGGGACAGGCGAGCGUAUUUUCAGUGAGCGAUCGGGAUAAAGUUUUUGCCGAUGUAAUUUAAUUAAAUAAGCAUGAACGACCCGUGGGACGUUAAGUCCCGUCAAGUCGGGCAAUAUGUGUCCUGCAUGAAGAUAAAUGGAGUGCCACUGCUGCCACCACUUCUCUCCAAAGAAUGUCGGAAAGAAAUGCAAUAUUACAAACUUCUUGCCAAAGAAGUUGAGAAACGGAUAGUGGAUCUAAAAGCUUAUGUCAGCGACAGUGAUGAAGACUUGGCUCAGGACAACACUGACGCCCCUGAGUUGCCACAGGAGUAUGAACAACCGCAUGAGCAAAUCCUACAAGUCUUUGACAAUACUAUUACAACAUUUAGAGAAGACAAACUUGAAGAAACUUUAUCCGCUUCUACAACCAACACAGACACUAAUUAUCCGGACUUGUGCAAUAGUGUUUCUUCCAGUAAUGCAUCACACAGUCUGCCAAAGUUCUCAGUAAAUAGCCUCCAAAAUGAUAUUAGCAACAGCAAGGAUAAGAUCAAUAGUUCACAACACACACCACAACCUAUUGAUCCUCCCGAACGAGAUUGUAACACUACUCCUAAGAAAAUUACUGAACUAGAGAAAUUAACUGAUGAUGAAAUUUCUUUUGAUGGCAAGAAACCAGAAAGAGAAAUAGUAGACUUGUUAAAGGUUGAAUUCAACAUUAGUAAAGUAGAACCACUUUUAUCUGAUGUUUUUCCAGAUAUGACAAUGACAGAUGGACCUGCAUCUCUCGGUUCUAAAAGUUUUACAGGCUCUUUAAAUAAUAUUAACAGCGAGAGUGUCAAAGAUGCAUCUACUUUAGUUCGUCAAAGUUCCUACACAGUGCUUAAUCCAAGUCCGAUGCUUUUAGCUCAUUUAGAAGUACAAUCUCUGAGCACUGGAGUAGAAGUGACCUCUAUUUCCAUGAGCGACUCACUGUCAAACCUGAAUACACCAAAAAAACGAAGAAGUUGGGACUUAGAGUCAGCUAAAAUCAAAUGGUCAUCCAUGGCUCACGAGCUAAAGCAAAAAACAGCACAAACUAAACCAGUUGAUAAUAAGAACCUCCCUAAAUCCACAGUUAAAAAACCUCAGCAAACUCCAAACAGAUCUAAAUCUGUAUCUGAAAAGCCGAGGCGACCCAGCUUACCUGGAAAAGCUCUGAAAUCAGAACCUGUUCAGAACCAGAAGCCUAAAAAGUGCACUCCAAGUCCAUAUGCAGACACAAAUUCAACAAAUGUAAAAGAACCAAAAUCAAAUAACAAUAUCCAACCGUCACCAAAGAAACUAAUAUCAGAAUGUGAGGAUCCAGCUACUAAAGUAAAAGAGUUAUAUGAUAGAAUACAAAAUCAGCAGCUUCUACAGAUGGCAAACUUAGUUGAAAAGCAAAAACGCGAGCAAAUGUUACUACAGCAAGUUUUCGACGAGCAAAACAGCAUACUUUACAGACAACUGAAAACUAUAUGUCCUAAAUCGCCAGUCGAAGCGAAGGACGCGUGGGCCGACAAAGUGGACCGAGGACCCGUCAGUUUGAGUCAGUUAAUAAACCACAAGUCACCAGACUCUUUAACAAGCACUCUAACCGACACCCACAAUAAUUUAAACAAGUGUGCUGUUGUUUUGAAAAUGAGUAAAGAUAUCACUGGUAGUAUAAAGAUACAGAACCAACCCGGAAGCCCUACAGAUGGAAGUAGAACGCGCACUCACUCACCAAAAAGGACGAGAACUUCUAGAAAACUUAGUUACGAUACUUCGUCUUCGGACAGAGAGUUUGAACCGAUAUUGACCGAUCGAACGAACGAUACGUUGGCGGGGCUAAACGUGACAUUUACUUCUGAUAGUGAUGAACCGACUUUCAUGGAAAAGCAGACGUCUUCGCGCAGUGCGGUACGGAGCGUGGAACAUUCUGUGCAGGUGCCGGCACGUGUUUCACGUCCCGUUCAAUCCAGGUUGCCGCCAACGCCUGAGCAGCUGGCCGCGGCCUCCACCAUAGUGGCACACGCGAAGGGCUACCUCGUGCGCCGGUUGCUCCGUACUGAGAGGGUUCAAGCCACCGUCCAGACGAUCAAAGAUGCGCUGCUCUGUGCGCUGCAAAUGCACCAGGACAGAGCAGGGAUCAGGGGAGCUGAUGUAGACUUGCAUCGGCGGCUUAUUCAGCAGAUCACGGCUGCUUGUUAUUCACUCCACGACACAUUCGUGGCAAGUACGCCAGCGGAGCGCUGCGCCCUCAUCGCAGCGGACCGGGAGCGCCGCCGGCAGAAACCGGCCCGACCCUACAGAACGGACGUAAUGUCGCAAAGCCACAGCGGCGCGUUCCCCGCGCGCGCGCCGCCGCCGCGCUCCGGCUCGCACUCGACGAUGACGCAGUCCCACUACGGUAACGCACAUUAAAUGUUGCCAGGUGAGCGGAGAGACGUUUAGCGGAACGAAGUUGAACUCGCGCUACAUGCCUUCCCCGCGCCGCCGCCCGUGGCGCUGACACCGCCCUCGAUACCUGCCGCGAUGCUUCUCGCAACUCUGCUUCCCUGGUACCUAAUAAUGUCUACUUGGCUAUUAUUAGUGUUAGGACGUUAACACUUCAAACGCCACGCCUAUCGUGUGCGGCGCGUCAUCGUGAACCUUGCCGGAAUGCACGAAGGCUGAUAUUGGGCUGUAGCCGCGCGCGUCAAAGUUGAGAUUUUUGGUUCGCCAAAUGCAUUUAGAUCUGCGUAGUCAAUGUGCAAUCGUUAACGCUCCGUAGCGAACGAAACGCAACUGUCAGUGUCGCACUAGUGUGGAAGAGUGAUAGAGAUAGGAUACGCUACGGAGCGUUAAGGAUUGGCUCAUUGGCUACGCGCCCAGAGGGCCUAUCGCCAACAUGAAAAUCGUUAAGUAUCUGCUUCUAUAUUGCUCUUGCAUUUUCGAACUUCGAUGUUCACGGUAGACCUCUGAAUACGUAAAACAUUGAUUGCUAAAGAUCUUAACUUUCUAAUUCAGCUGAUGGUUUAGAAAUAUUGCAUUAUCGAUUUUGAGUGUUUUAUUGUAACCUUAUUUAUUUGUAUUAUUUAUAGACUAUUUUAUCUAACAAGAUGAUGUACCUACAUAAUUGUCCCAUAACAAAUGACGAGAAUCAUUCUCAAUUUCUCUCACCGAAACAAUAUUUUUCUAAAAUUAUGAAUAUUCGAAUAUUGAAUUAAUCACAAGUAAUAUAAUAAAAUAAGUUACAGUUUCUAAAAUAAUUAAGUUGCAAGACUGUAUAAAUAUGUAUUUUUCGUAUUCCAAUAAACUUCGACGUCUCUCUAUUAUUAUAAAAACAUAAUCUUAGAUGUCUAAUAAUGCAUUUAAUUGAUAUUGUAUGGUUGUAAAACGUUAUUCCAUUUGCGAAGCUUCCAAACGUAAGUGCCUAGCUUAACGCACCAAUUGUAGUUUUAUUAUGUUCUUAAAAAAAUACACACUUCCAGUAUGGGUAGAAAAGUGUAAUUUUUUUAGAAGUGCUCUUAUUCUCAAUAUAUCACAAAAUUAGCCCUAAAAUUGCCUUAAAAUUAAUAAUACUUAAUUGUAGGUAAUUUGGUAAAACCAAAAUUCGUUUUAGGCUUUUGGUAAUGAUUGUAUAAUCGUAUUGCACUAUCAGGUAAAGUCAAUACGGGUAUUAGUGUGGCUACGGAAUAAUUAUGACUGACAUUGGGGCCUGUUUACACAUAGUCUUUACCCCGUUAUUCAUAAAACUUUACGGGCCUGAUUUAGUUAAAUAAGUUUUAUCCCAUUCUUACAAAUUCAUAAAACAAAAUGACAAAUAAAGACGGGUUAUUCCCACUAGUUACCACCAAGUGCGUUUGUGAAUAACGACAUACAUUUGCCACUAAAUGCAAGUAGCUAAUGUAUAAACUCGCAAUAAACAAACACAGCCACACUUUUCCGUAUUGACUAAUGUAAACGACUGUUUAAAACAAGGUCUUGUAAUUUUAUAAUUAUUAUAAUACUUUUAGGUUUUAGAGUCUGAGAUUUCUUAGCUUUUAUCGUCAAGUAAUCGAUUUUUUAUUACUUUCAAGUCACAAUGUUUAAAUUGCAACCUAAUUAUCUAGUCAUAUAUUUUUGAUCUUUCUUUUUAAUACCACAGUGGGAGAUUUUAAUUUCUUGAAGGAACAUCAUGGUUAUUAUACUGGAGUUAUAAAAUAUUCUCUAUCUUGUAAUUUUAAAAUGAACAGGAAAUAAUGCCAAAACGUAUUUCUAUGAGCUUGCGUGUAUGGAACUUUUUAUAACUUGACAUGUACGCCUUUGCGGUUUUGGAUAACCCAUUUAAAUGUGAACCCCCUAAAAAGUGAGAUUAUUUUGUAAUAUUAUUGUGAAACAAUUCUGUAAUAAAGGUAAUUACUA